CGGGCGCGACACCGGUUCGGUGCAGGGGUCCCGUCGCGCCAAUUUUUGGAAUACAUUUGUUUUUCUUCCAUAAUCAUUAAAAAUUGCCUGUAUCACUGAGAGGGCAUAGGUGUAAAUUCAUCGUCCUUUGGAGGAUUCGAUUUUUUUUCCAAUUUUGAUUUUCGCUGUGAUUUUUAUUGUCAUGAAAUUUUGAGUGAUUGGAAAACUUUCUGGUGGAGACAUUGACAUUUUUUCGGUGAAUUUCAAAUGAACACCAGCGGCGGUCUCACAGCUCCCGAGAUGUCGAACAUCUACAAUAAUUCCAUUGUCAGCUUCUACAACCACAUCUUCUAUGAUCUGGCUGACCCAAGGACGAGGGACUGGUUCCUGAUGUCCUCGCCAGUUCCAGGAGCGAGUAUAAUGAUUGGAUAUCUGUACUUCGUACUAUCCUGGGGCCCUCGUCACAUGGAACACAGGAAACCGUACAAGCUUAACAAUACUCUCAUUUUGUACAACUUUGCACAAGUAUUGCUGAGUAUAUGGCUGUUUUGGGAGGGGUUGGACGGCGCCUGGUUGGAUAAGUACAGUUGGAAAUGUGAACCCGUCGAUUACUCCAAUACACCCGAAGCCCUCAGGGUAGCAAGAGGUGUAUGGAUAUACUUUCUCGCAAAAAUAUCCGAGCUCUUAGAUACAGUGUUCUUCGUCCUGAGGAAAAAGGAAAGGCAAAUAUCAUUCUUGCACAUGUAUCAUCAUACGGUAAUGCCACUGAUAUCAUGGGGUGCUACGAAAUACUAUCCAGGUGGUCACGGAACAUUUAUCGGUGUAAUCAACAGUUUUGUUCACAUCGUAAUGUAUACUUAUUAUCUCCUGGCUGCUGCUCUACCUCAGUAUCAACAGUAUUUGUGGUGGAAGAAGUAUAUCACAACGUUACAAAUGGGUCAAUUUUGUCUUGCCUUUCUUCACAGUCUUCAACUUUUGAUAUACGAUUGUGAUUACCCAAGGUGGUCACUCAUUCUUAUUCUUCCAAACGUUACGUUCUUCUACUUUUUGUUCUCCGAUUUUUACAAGAAAGCCUACGUCGCUGGAAAAUCGAAGAAAAACGAGAAGAUAAAUGGUACGGGACAGGGCAAUGGAAAUGCAAAUAAUGUGAAACAUAACAAGGACACCGAGGAAGGAUCUAGGAAAUACUCCAACGGUCAUGUGCAAAAUGGCAAAGAAAAACGUUCAUAAAUAGACUUGAAAGAGAGAACAUUAAAGUAGCGAGUGAUGGUAAACAUCGACAGAAUAUCGGAAAAGGAAACAUUAACUGUCAUCAUUCGAUGAUCUUCCAAUUAUGAUUACGGAUAAUAUAGUUACCAAUGCUAUCGAUCGAGGAAAACUUGAAUGAUGUAGCCAAGAUAGCCCAAAGUUGGUACUGUGACGACAAGAUACUUGCACAUUUUUGCAGUGCAUUUUCUAUGUUAAUUUUACUAUGAAUAUACUUAGAAAAUUUUUGAAUGCAUCUUCGGUUUUCUAGGUAGAACAAUCGCUCGCGCAUCAGGCACAAGCGGGUGCCAUUUGAGAAGCAAAAAAAGGAUGAGAAUGAUCCGAAAAAUUGCUCAGUAAAGUUUAACGACUAAUGAUACUGCUUCCAAACAUUCCGAUCUCCCGGCCGCAUAACAUAGAUUUUAGUGACCAACCUGUCAUAGCUAGUGUUAAAUUCAGGACAUAAGACAUAAGACAUGUGUGAGGGUAAAUGAAGCAAUUAAAAUGAUGAAGAGAAUUGAAGAAUCUCUAGCUCAAGUUGAAUAAUCAAAAAUGUGUAUUAUGAAGAUUUUAACGAAAUUGGCCUAUGAAGUUUAAAAUAUAUAUAUAUCUCAACCUUGUUCAUUGACUCAGAGAAUAUGCUUCAGUUUAUUGACUUAGAGAGAACGCCCGUACACUGAGAAAAAAACAAACGCGUUGUCAAACAAGUCUUGUUUGGGCCAACAAAAUCGCUAGUUGAAA